GGGAGCCGGCAUGGCGCUCCGGUCAAUAAAAUCGAUAGCUGGAAGCUGCCUGUGUUUCAGGCAAAGGCGGUGCAGUAGCGGCGCCGCCAUUUUCCCCGAAGGCAUCUUCCGGUGCUUUUCACCCAAGUUCGGGCAGGAGUUUCCUGAAUAACAGCGAAAGGCUUCCGUUAGCCCCGCCGGCGGCCGAUUCCUGUUCCCUCCUGGUCUCCCCAGGCACGCUCCGCCCGGAUCCUGCUUGGGCUCCCAAAUCCCGGGGCCCGCCAGCGCCCAGCGGUCAAGGCCGGGACAGCCGUGGCGCCGGCUUGUCGGGUCCAAUGGCGCGGCCUUCGGCUCCGCUCCCCGCGCGGGGACCAGGAGAGGCCGGACCCGGCCGGAGAAGGGGAAGGAGGCCGAGGGCGGUGAAGUUCGGGGACGUGGCCGUGUACUUCUCCCCGGAGGAGUGGGAGUGUCUGCGGCCCGCGCAGAGGGCCCUGUACCGGGACGUUAUGCAGGAGACCUACGGCCACCUGGGCGCGCUCGGGUGCGCAGGUCCCAAACCAGCCCUCAUCUCCUGGUUGGAACGAAAUACCGAUGAUUGGGAACCGGCUGCUCUGGAUCCACAGGAGUGCCCUAGGAGGGUAACAGUCCAAAGAAAAACCAGAACCAGAAAGAAGAAUGAAGAGAAGGAAGUAUUCCCGCCUAAGGAGGCACCCCGAAAGGGGAAGCGAGGCCGCCGGCCCAGCAAACCCCGCCUGAUCCCCAGGCAGACAUCCGGAGGUCCCAUCUGCCCUGACUGUGGUUGUACCUUUCCCGAUCACCCGGCCCUGCAGAGCCACAAGUGUGCCCAGAAUCUGAAAAAGCCUUACCCUUGCCCAGACUGUGGGCGCCGCUUUUCUUACCCGUCCCUGCUGGUCAGUCACCGGCGGGCACACUCUGGAGAGUGUCCCUACGUUUGUGACCAGUGUGGCAAGCGGUUCUCCCAGCGCAAGAACCUCUCCCAGCACCAGGUUAUCCACACAGGCGAGAAGCCCUACCAUUGUCCUGACUGUGGCCGCUGCUUCCGGAGGAGCAGGUCCUUGGCCAAUCACCGGACCACACACACGGGUGAAAAACCCCACCAGUGCCCCAGCUGCGGGCGUCGCUUCGCCUACCCCUCCCUGCUCGCCAUCCACCAGCGCACACACACUGGAGAGAAGCCCUACACCUGCCUGGAAUGCAGCCGGCGCUUCCGCCAACGCACCGCCCUGGUCAUCCACCAGCGCAUCCACACGGGCGAGAAGCCCUACCCAUGCCCGGACUGCGAGCGGCGCUUCUCCUCCUCCUCUCGUCUGGUCAGUCACCGGCGGGUGCACUCCGGAGAGCGUCCCUAUGCCUGCGAGCACUGCGAGGCCCGCUUCUCCCAGCGCAGCACACUGCUCCAGCACCAGCUCUUGCACACGGGAGAGAAGCCCUAUCCCUGCCCGGACUGUGGACGUGCCUUCCGGCGGAGCGGUUCCCUCGCCAUACACCGCAGCACGCACACUGAGGAGAAACUGCACGCGUGUGACGACUGUGGCCGCCGCUUCGCCUACCCCUCACUGCUGGCCAGUCACCGGCGCGUCCACUCGGGCGAGCGGCCCUAUGCCUGCGACCUGUGCUCCAAGCGGUUCGCCCAGUGGAGCCACCUGGCUCAGCACCAGCUCCUGCACACUGGGGAGAAGCCCUUCCCCUGCCUCGAGUGUGGCCGUUGCUUCCGCCAGAGGUGGUCUCUGGCCGUCCACAAGUGUAGCCCUGGGGUCCAGAACUGUAGCCCUAGAUCUGCUAUAGGGGUGCCUAGCCAGAAAGGCAACACCCUUUAGAAUGGGAAGGACUGUGUAAGUUCAUUUCUUUUCGCGGAGGGGCCCAGAAAAGGGAAGGAGCCCCCAGUCAUACAGGGCAGAGUCAGAACUAAAACCCAGGUCUCUUGCUACACAGAGCUGAACUUUUUUCUACCACGCUGGCUGCCUUAAUACAUGUGUCUAGAACAGACAGUCCCAGUAGGAGAAGUGACAUUAUUUGGUUAAAGUUUUCCAACCUACCCUAUCCUAAAAGAGUUUCUGUGUGUGGAUAUUGCGCUAAAAGUUCCCCCCAUCGAAUUUACGGGCUUUGUGUUUUCUAGUUUGUGCACGCAGGGAUUACCUGUCCCCAUGCAUGCAGUCAGGAGGAUCCCAUUUAUGGGGAGCAAGAUCUCCUCCUCCUCUGCCUCUUCCUCCAUGCCAGGUUUAAACAAACCUGGUUUAGCCCCCUUUUGACGAUAUUCCUGCCAAGUGGUCUUCUACCCUUUAAAACCUCCCUUGACAGGGAGCUCACUACCUCACAAGGCAGGUCAUUUCACUGUGGGACAGCUCUGACAAUUAGAAGGUCCUUAAGAACAACAUUCUCCUUCCCUGGAAGCCUUGCCCAGAAUAUGUUUAAAACUUGAUCUACAUGGCAGCCCUUCAGAAAACUUAACCAUAAAUACUCUGCCCCCAUGUUUUCAGGUUAAUUAGCAUUAAUUUGGUCACUCAUUCCUUAAAGAUAGGUAUUCAAGUCCCACACAUGAUCUCUCCCCAAACAGGUGCUGGUUUUUCAAUGUCCUUUUUAAAGGAUCAUACAAAGUAAGCCAGCAUCACAGUAUACACUGUACCUCCUUGGUCUGUACUUGUUUUAACAGCUCUAGAUUGCAUUGGAUUUCAGGGUGGUAGCAGUGUACCAGGAAUUUAUUGGGUUUCAGACACCUAAAUACCUAAGCUU